AUGACGCAACCAACGUCCGUUGAUAUGACCUUCGAUACUUCCCUUGUGGACAUCAACCCGCCCUCAAACGUCAAUGCCUCCUUCUCAACUACGGACUCGGGCUCAACAUUGGAAGUUCAACAAAACCCCACGCAGGCUACAAGUGCAAGCAACACCUCCAAUUCAGUCCAGCAUAUUCCAACUCAAGCUGCCUACGACCAAUGGGCUUCCGUCUACGAUACCGAUGGCAACAUGCUGCAAGCAAUUGACGAUCUGGAACUUCAAAAAGUUCUUCCAGAAUUCUUGUCGCAGGUCAAGAACAGCAAUGUCACAAAAGAGAAGCUUCAUGUCCUCGACUUGGGAUGUGGGACUGGACGAAAUACAGGAAAGCUCGUACGCUAUGAUUGGAACGGAAAGAGCAUCGAAGUAACUGGUCUGGACUUUUCGCAGGGUAUGUUGAAUAUCGCCACUAAGAAGCUGGCUACGUCGAUUGAGGGUCAAGAGAAGGUGCGGUUAAGACUGAAGUGCUGUGACUGCUUUCCAACAGUCAACGAUCCAUCGAAAUCCCCAUUGCCUGCUGUUCAAAACCUGGAGCCAAGUCAUGCAGUCAUCUCUACUCUAGUAUUAGAGCACAUUCCGCUAGAGGACUACUUCGCCACGUUGCGCACGUUACUCUUACCAGGUGGCACAGCGCUGGUAACCAACAUGCAUGCAGACAUGGGUCGUAUUAGCCAAGCCGGCUUCGUCAAUGCACAUGGUGUGAAGGUUAGAGGAAGUAGUUACGUCUACACAGUUGGGGAGACUGCAGAGGCAGCCAGAGCUGCGGGACUUGAGGUGAUAAGUGUGAAUGAGCGAGAUAUGAGAAAGGAGGAUGUUGAGGGUGGUGCUGUGGGCAAGAGAGGGUGGAAGUGGGUUGGUACGAAAGUUUGUGCGCGCUCUCCCUCUACUAACCAUAGUUUUCGAGUCGCUCUUCUCUUCAACGUCGACAUCUACGACAUGGCGCUCCUAUCCGAUGUCUUUCUUAGUUCAAAAACGAGUUCUGUCUUCUUGUUCUACAUCGCUAUAUCCUUCGCGGCAUACUAUCUCAUCUGGCUCGUCUACGCUCGAACCCUCCAUCCACUAGCUAAGGUUCCAGGGCCAUUUUGGCCUUCAGUCUCACGAACAUGGCUUAUGUGGCACCAUCACAAAGGCGAUAUUGAGAUGGUCGAGCGCGUUCUUCACAGGAAAUAUGGCCCGAUUAUUCGGAUCGCACCCGAUGAGAUCGUCACAACCGAUACCACGGCCAUUCCGUAUAUCUACCCAGUUCAAAAACCACUCGAGAAAACGGACUGGUAUAAACCAUGGCGGCCACAAGGACUAAACAGCCAACCGGAUCUAUUUACGCAGACCGACGAGAAGGCUCACGCAGCGUAUCGGAGGAUUGUUGGAGGCGUAUAUUCACUUUCCAGUAUACUAAAGAAUGAAUCCCGGCUGGACGAGACAUUGGAACUUUUUCUAGAACGGAUGGAUAGCUUCGCUGAUAGCAAAGAAGCAUUCGAUUUUGGAUUCUGGCUCGAAAUGUACUCAUUUGAUAGCGUUGGCGUCGCGUUCUUUGGUCAAGCCUUUGGAUUCCUACGGGACAGCAUCGACUACAAAGGCUACAUCCACUCGGUUCAUCUUGCGAUGCCUUUCCUUACUCUCUUGACAGUGACUCCGUACUACAUGCGGCCAUUCCUGCUUCUGAUUGCUGUUUGUGUUCCGCGCUUACUGAGAGCUGUGCUGGCUGUAGAAGAUAUCAAGAAGACUGCAAUUAUGGAGACGAAGAUAGCCACCGAGAGAACACUGGAAGUGACUGAAAAGAGACCCGAUCUACUGUCUCAGUUGCUAGCAAUUGUGCAGGAAAAGGGAGAAAAGGUGAACUACUCACACAAGGAAAUUACGUCAGAUAUGUGGGUUGCAAUUAUGGCCGGAGCGGACAGUACAUCUAUCUCUAUGCGCUCCGUUUUCUACUUCUUAAUGAAGCACCCAGAGAAGCUCGAAAAAGCGCGUGCGGAAGUCGAUGCAGCCUUCGAGAAUGGUACACUAUCAUCCCCAGUUCAAUAUGCUCAACUCGCUUCACUUCCCUAUCUAGUAGCCACAGUCAAAGAAGCAUCACGAUUGUUCUCUGCCUUCGCAGUCUCGAUGCCUCGGUAUGCUCCUAGCCAGGGGAUCACACUUUGUGGGAAGCACAUCCCUGCGGGCUAUACCGUUGGGAUGAAUCCAGCUAUCGUUUCGCAUGACCCCAAUGUAUUUGGGGAAGAUGCACAUGAAUUUGUUCCCGAGCGAUGGCUACAGAGCGAAGACCGCACGAGAGUGAUGGAUAAGAGAAUCCUGAUAUGGGGCGCAGGGACGCGAACAUGCGUUGGUAGGCCUCUUGCUUUGACGCAGAUUUACAAAGUGACUGCAGAGGUUUUGCACCGUUUUGACUUUGAGAUGGCGCAUGAUCGGCCGUGGAAGACGCACAAUGCUUCUUUCAACGUCCAGACUGGUGUCGAAUUGCAGAUCACCAUCACCAAGACCACGCAACCAGACAAGAUGGACUCACUUCCCGUAAAUAACAAGACAGCUGGUGAGCCAGAAAGUACAUAUAACAAUACACUUGAAGCUGGUGCUGCCAUGACUCAGAAUUUCGCUCCAGUCAAGAGGAUAUGUGCGCAUCUCAACGCGUUCCAUGCAUAUGCCCAUGACCCAAAGCGGGAUGCAGUCGAAGCAAACCACUACUGUGCGCACCUGAAUGAUGAAGUCCGCCAAUGUAUCCUCUACGACUCUCCUGAAAAAGGCGCACGAAUCAUCGGUAUCGAAUACAUGAUCUCCCCCAAGCUUUACGAGACACUCGAUGCCGAAGAGCAAAAGCUCUGGCAUUCGCACGUCUUCGAAGUGAAAUCCGGAAUGCUAAUCAUGCCGCGACCAACGGGCGUCCCAGAGGCCGCGUGGGAAGUAGCUGAGAACAAAGAGAUGGAAGAGGUUGUCGAGCUGUACGGCAAAAUCUACCAUCUCUGGCAGACUGACCGGGGCGACAAACUGCCAUUGGGCCCACCCCAGUUGAUGACGAGUUAUACGGCGGCAGAUCAGAUGCCGGAUUUCGAAAAGCGGGUAAAGGAAAGGGACCAGAGAUUUGGCAGUGAUUACCAGAGGAAGAAGGGAGUCAGAGAGUAUAUCGAGGUGCCCAAGAUCCACGAGAAUGCUGACGCGACGUGGGCAAAGGGGGGUGUCGGACACUAA